GAAAGGGAACUAAGUGAGAGGAAAGGGGAUGUAAGCAUGAGUGCAAGUGAGAGCUCUUCAACUGGGACUGUCUCCCCGCCACCACCCCCUCCCAUGCCACGCCCUCUCAUCUCCACUGGUUCGAGGUCGCUUGACUUUGGGACACCCUGUGAUAUACUCCUCCCAACGUUCGUAAGGAGCUCGAAACCGGACGGAAGAAGGCUCUUCGUCCCGAGAAACGGCGCGAAGUCGCACGGCGCGCGGCCCCGUGGAAGCGACGUCGCGCCGCGAUCGGUCGGAGUUUUCGCGGUGCCGAUUCCUUCCCCGUGGUCGCUGCAGGCGAACUCGGAAAGGGCUAGCAGAAUUUUCUUUCCACAGCUCGUCGACGGUCGUCCGCUGCGUUCCACGUCCUCUUUGGAUGAGGUCGGCGAUUCGAUUCGAUUCGUUCUGUUUUCUGCCACCCCACCCCCGGUGAAAUUAAUUUUCCGAUCGCACCCAUGGAGGAUGAGGAACGAGGACGAGACGACCGUCGAGAGGGAGGAAACGGUGCAGGCCCUUUCCGAGUUCGUCCGCGGUGACCGAGGGGAAUCCGGAUGA